AUGCGUUUUCGCAACACUCUUGAGGUCAGAUGUAUGAGCACACAAAAUAUCUUCCUAUCGAAAACGUGCAUAAUGAGAAGCGCACGAGUUCUCAUUCUAUGCCUCCUCAUACUUGCGCAGAUUGACCUUUAUGCAUAUGCUAAAAUGGUGCGCAAGGGAGGCUGCACUUCCUUUCUUUCGAAGAUUCCACAAGUGAAAAGAACAAAAUUGAAAGUUAAGCUCAAAAGAGAGUGUACCUAUCUAACGGGGAUUAAGCCAAGCGGCAACAUCCACCUGGGAAAUUACAUCGGAUGCCUAAACCCAAUCAUAAACUUGGAAGCCAAAAGGAACACUCACUUCAAGAGAAGUAAAACAAAAAAGACGGUGAAGAUACAUAAAAUAAUACUUAUAGCAGAUUUGCAUUCCUUAACAAGUUUAGAUAAUCUUCCCACUUUAAGAAAAAAUGUGGUCGAUUCAGUUAACACCAUUCUCUCUUUAAUAAUAGACAUGUAUGUAAAAAAAAAAAAAUACAUACAGGUUUUCAUAAAUAAUGUGAAAUUAGAGCAUCUUUUGAAAUGGGGUAACAUGAACAGGAUUUUGAACGAAGAAGUGUUCCAACAACUGUCACGUAGAAGCACUAGUCGAGAUUAUCAAUUUUAUUCAUUUCUGAAAAAUCUAUCAGGAUGUGAAUACUCAUAUUUUAAGCAUCAUAAUGAGCUAUCCCACCAGCAGAAUAUCCCAUCCACUGAUGAAGAUACACCGUUUAACUUACAGUUGCAAAGAAAUAACCAAGAGAAUCAACGAACAAACUUCCAAAACAAAAUAAAGCAGAAACAUUAUUUCUCCAUAUUUAGACAAUCGGAUAUUGCACAGCAUACAUCACUCUAUUAUUUGAUAAACUCCUUCACGUCAGUUAACAUGCUCAACAAACAUGUGCAUGUGAAAAACGUAUCAAAAAAUAAAUCGGUGGCUCUACUUUCAUACCCCAAUUUAAUGUUAGCAGAUAUUUUACUCUACAAACCAGAUUAUUUAAUAGUGGGAGUAGAUCAAAAAAAAAAUAUCGAAGUGAUGAAAACAAUUUCGAAAAAAAUAAACUCCUAUUUUCCCCAUAUGAUAGGUUUACCAAAAAUAUUCCUUUCCAAAUUUUAUGUCCAAAUAAUGAAUCUUGAUGGACAACAAAAAAUGAGCAAACAUGAUCAUGAUGACCUUUCGGGAAAUGAUAAUAAUUCACAUAACAUUAUUUACCUUUUUGAUGAAAAACAAAUAAUAGAAGAUAAAAUUAAAAAAAGUAAAACGGAUAAUUACAACAAAUUAAUUUACGCCCAAUCUGACAGGAAAGAAAUUAACAAUCUUAUAAAUUUGUUCUUCUUUUUUUACCAUUAUAAAAUGAGGGGCUUAUUUAGCCUUGUGAAUGAAUCAGAUCGUUACAUACCAUCUACAGAUCAACUGUUCCAAAACAAGCAAGAGCAAAAUACACAGAAUAAUUCUACAUCCUUCUAUGAUUGCUCACAUGAUAGAAAUUACAACCAACAUGUUACCUCUUCAGAUAAGAUAUAUCCUGAAGUGGACACAAACAAAAGUGACGAAGAAAAAUUACAUCCCUCUUCAAAAAAUAACAUAAACCCAAACAUUAAUCCACAAAUUGCAAAUCAAAUUCUAUCAUGCUACAAUAAUAAUUAUGCCACUUUCAAAUAUGAAUUGUCACAUCUGAUUUAUGAGCAUUUCCUUCUUCCGAAAUUUGUCUACUCCGUUUUGCAAUCAGACAGUGGUAACUUGGUUAAUCAUGUUUUGAGGGAAGGAAAGAAAUGCCUCUCGCGCAGGGCUACCAAGACGUUUCAGAAUUUCAAAAAAAGGUUAAACAUUUAA